CUUCCUCAGUGUGAACGAAGCCAGAAGCAGAGCAAAAGGCUCUGUCCGCCUUCAUCCGCGCCGUGUGCUGCAAGCUCUUCUGUGUGCGCUGCUGUCUAAUCCCUGCCCUCCUCUUCAGAAGUAAGUCCCACUGGCUUACUUACGCCCAGAAUUUAAUUGGUCUGGAAAGAUGAAAGUCAUCGAUAGUCAACAAUUUAAACAAGUGAUAUGCAAGAUCGCUGAUCAAAGAAGCUUGGUCUCCAUCAAUUUCCUUAUUGCUUUCACCCUGACAAUAUCCUUCUGGACUAGUUUUAAAGUUGCUGCAGGAAAUGGCUUUAGCACAGAUUAUUCCAAAAGAUUGCUAACUGCGGUUCCUAAGAACCUAUCUACACAAACAACAGUGUUGGACUUGUCACAUAACAAUAUUGCUGAACUACAAACAUCUGAUUUUCAUUCACUUUCCAGACUACGGAAACUCAUUCUGUCAUACAACCGAAUCAGAGAGUUUGACUUCAGUGUUUUCCAAUACAAUACCAAUUUAGAACAUCUGGACGUAUCUCACAACAACUUGCAGAUGCUUUCUUGUCAUCCUAUGCUACGUCUCAGGCAUCUAGAUCUCUCUUACAAUAACUACAUAGCCAUGCCCAUAUGCCCCAAGACUGGAAAAACGUUGAAGUUGGAAUAUCUUGGCCUCAGUCUUAAAAGAAUUCAGAAAUCAGAUUUCCAUGCUCUAGCUCAUUUACAACUGCAUACUCUCUUCUUGGACUUAGAAAACCUCUCUGAAUAUAGCUCUGGAAAUCUUCUAGUGUUCAACACAAAAAAUCUUCACAUAGCACUCCCUCAAAACAGUGAUUUCCAUCUGCUGUCAGAUCUAGAACUCAAUUUUACAGAAACUUUAAAAUUAUCAAAAUUCAAUAAGAAAUACACCAAUGACUUAAGGAAAUUCUUGCUGAACAUUAAGAAAAUUUCCCCAUUACUAAUCUUGAACAAUGUACGUUGCAACUGGGAAGGCUUCAUCGACAUUCUUCAGACUGUGUGGGAAUCAACCACUGAAACUGUUGUCAUUUCCAAUAUACCACGGUUGGAAGUUCCUAACAAAGUAACUUUUACACAAACCAAAACAUCACUCAAAGCUUUGAUAAUUAGGCAGAUUACAUUCACUACUUAUUUUUCUGCCCCAACAGUGGUGGCCCUGGUUGCCAUUUCCGUCCUCUGUAUCUGUUUGGAUAUCCCAUGGUAUUUGAAGAUGACGUGGCACUGGAGUCAAGUGAAACACAGGGGUUGGAAGAGGACACCUGAGCACAUCCUCAAGGGCAUCGAGUUCCACGCCUUUAUCUCCUACAGUGAGCGUGAUUCCGACUGGGUGAAAAAUGUCCUGAUUCCAAAUCUGGAGAAGGAGGAUUCAUCCAUACGCGUCUGCCAGCAUGAGAGGAACUUUGUUGCAGGGAAGAGCAUUAAACUAGAGUUGCUUUAG